UCUCCCCUCCCCGGGCUGCCAGCCCCGGGCCGAGCGCCGCCUGCCCCCGCGGGAGGACAGGGUCUGUACUUCCAGGGACAGACCUCUGCUCUCCGGGACUCUGAAAACACGUUCGUUCAAGAUGCCGAGUCAUUUGACUGCAGUGUUAAAAAGUUCGGAAGCGGCAAGAGCAUCAGUUUCAAUCUGGGAACCUUUAAAUGAAACUUGCUUAAAAUCUAGAUCAUACAUAGAAGAGAGGCCUCGAUCAACAAGGUGGAAAAGAGUGAUGUUGUCCUUAACAAACCUGCAGAAUAUCAUCUAUAACCCGGUAAUCCCCUAUGUUGGGACCAUUCCUGGGCAGUUGGAGCCUGGAACUUUGAUUGUAAUACGUGGGCAUGUUCCCUGUGAUUCGGACAGGUUCCAGGUGGAUCUGCAGUGCGGGAGCAGCGUGAAGCCACGCGCCGACGUGGCCUUUCAUUUCAACCCACGUUUCAAGUGGUCCGACUGCAUCGUGUGCAAUACUCUGAAAAAUGAAAAAUGGGGAUGGGAAGAGAUCACCUACGACGUGCCUUUCAAAAAAGAAAAAUCUUUUGAAAUUGUGAUGAUGGUGUUGAAAGACAAAUUCCAGGUGGCUGUAAAUGGGAAACAUAUACUGCUCUAUGCCCACAGGAUUAGCCCAGGGAAAAUAGACACUCUGGGCAUUUACGGCAAAGUGAAUGUCCACUCAAUUGGUUAUAGCUUCAGCUCGGAUUUCAGAAGUACCCAAGCACCUACUCUGGAACUGACAGAGAUAAGUAAAGAAAAUGUACUGAAGUCCGACACACCACAUUUUCCUAGUAAUAGAGGAGACAUUUCUAAAAUCGUACCCAGAACUGUCUACACCAAGAGCAAAGGUUCGACUGCCAAUCACACUUUGACUUGCGCCAAAAUACUACCUACCAGCUGUUUGUCGAAGACUCUUCCAUUCACUGCGAGGUUGAACUCCUCCAUGGGCCCUGGACGAACCGUCUUCAUUAAAGGAGAAGUGAAUAAAAAUGCCAAAGGCUUUAAUGUUAACCUAGUAUCAGGAAAAUCAAAGGAUAUUGCUCUUCACUUGAACCCACGCCUGAAUAUUAAAGCAUUUGUAAGAAAUUCUUUUCUUCAUGAGUCCUGGGGAGAAGAAGAGAGAAAUAUUACCUGUUUCCCAUUUAGUCCUGGGAUGUACUUUGAGAUGAUAAUUUAUUGUGACGCUAACGAAUUCAAGGUUGCAGUAAAUGGUGUACACAGCCUGGAGUACAAACACAGGUUUAAAGAGCUUAGCAAUAUUGACACGCUGGAAAUUGAUGGAGAUAUUCACUUACUGGAAGUAAGGAGCUGGUAGCUGAUAUGCUUGCUACAAAAACUGAAAUACAAAAUGGCUUAUGUAACACUGGCCUUGUUAAAAUGCAUCUAUUGUAUUUGUGUAUAUAUAUUGUUAAAAUGAGCUUACAUAACAUGAAGUCCUACUAGGUGUUCUCAGGCCUUGCCACGCAGUGUAGCUUUGUCUAGCACAGAAUAAGGACCUUUGAGGCAACAGGUAACUUACAGUCAUUAUUCAGGCCUUUCUGUUCUCUCUCGCACUCUGGCCUCUGCUUUUUUAAUCUGCCUCACAUUCAGCAAGUACCGGUUGAUACAGAAGCUAACGUACAUGGAGCACGUAUUCUCGUCAGCCCUGUGCUAGGAGCUGUGGAGAGAAGUAUACAAUGGAGCACAGUACCACUCUGUUCCCCGUUUUCUUGAGCUCAGAAUCUUCUGUGCUCUGAUAAUCGUGCCACUGAUUUUUCUACAGGCAUUAAUCACAUAAAGUAACCAGAGAUAGCUACUCAGCUGUGAAGUCACCUACAUAAACUAAUUUACAAAACACUACUUCUCUAUCGAUCACUUUCAUACCCAAAGUUCAAUCAUAUCCCAUAAUGGAAAGGACUGAUGUUGCCUUACAUCUGGCAGUUUCCUUUAGCAUGAUAAAUACCUAGCUGUACUAGCUGUAAGCAUUGCCAAAUAAUUAACACUAUGAAAUCUGAACACAGCACAAAGAUUAAGGCAAAAAACACAGCAAAACAAAACCAAUGGUAUUAAAAUUAACUUGAUGUCAGGCCACUGAUGUCUGUACCAGUAAAUGCUUAAGAGUACCUGAAUUCAGGGUGAGUCCGAAGUGUACACAUACUCCAGUAGAAAGUUCAAGGUAGACUUCAACAAAACAAUGUCAAGAUUAGGUUUCAUGACUUCAUAAAAUAGGCACUAUCAAUCAGAGGGUAGAAUACACCGAGACCAAUGGAGUAGAGAGAAGUGGUAUAACAAUCUAUUGCUUGUCCUCAUGCAAACAAACCUUGCCUCUCUGCUCUUCUAAAGAUUAGUCCCUCAUCAUUAGCGAUAGAGAUCAAAACACUGUUCUACUUUAAGUGAUUAAAAUCAAACCUGUAUCAGCAGGUUAAACUGUU